AUGCUGUUGGUGAACACCAUCGAAGCUCAUAGGCAAGUCUUGCAGACGUGUUGCUAUGAUUUCCAAAAGCCAGGGUUUUUCGCUCGUCUCGUCGGUGAGAUUGCCGGGGCCGGGCUUCUCUUUGCCGAGGCAGACGAUCACAAGCGCCAGAGGAGGUUUGUACAAAACGUCUUCACGCCGCCAAAUCUUCGGAAGCUAUUUCCAGUCUUUCAGUGUAAAGCGAAGGAGCUCACUACGUAUCUAUCGUCGUUCCUCGAAAGAAGCGGAGAACACGAAAUUGAAGUGUGUGCGAAUGAGUUCAUCAGUCUAUGGUUCCCAAGGCUUGUGUGGUCACGACAAGUCCAGUCGGUUUUCACGAAAGCGACGCUAGAUAUCAUUGGGGUGACGACACUUGGCGUUGAAUUGGAGAACCUUCGAACUCCAGACGUGAAGCUCGACUUUCUCUCGUGUUACAACCGGAUGAUGGAGCAGUCAAAAUGGAGUGCACUGAUUAGUUUUAUCAAUGUGCAGGUACCCAUCCGCCGGUGGGUUCCCCUGGAAGCAAACCGGGGCUUUGUGCGGGCCAGCAACGCAGUGCGGGAGAUACUCAAGGAGUGCAUCCGCGAACGAAUGCAGGCGAUGCUGAAACACCACGAUUUAGGCCAGCGGGAGACUGUUCCUCGAGAUCUGUUGAGCUACUUGAUAGGAGAGCGGAUCUCGAGUAAGAGCGAAUUGUCCAACGAACAAAUCCUGGGGCAUCUUAUGAACUUUCUUUCUGCUGGCCAUGAGACAACAGCAGGGGCGAUGACUUGGGCCGUAUAUGUUCUAGCCACCAACCAAGAGAUACAAGAUCACUUGUAUGCCGAAAUCAGGGAACUUCGUUCCAACAAUCCGGCCCAAGACUACACAACCGUGGAUCGGCUUCCUUAUCUCCAUAAUUUCGUGCGUGAAUUACUUCGGCUCUACAGUCCAGGUUCGUCAAUUAUCCGUCGCGUGUCAUGCUGA